AUGAAUUUUACGCAAAGUCUCACGAUCAUAUUAACCUUCAGUGUCGCAUCAGCGAAAAUUUACGACAGAUGCGAACUAGCCAAAGAACUUCGUCACGUGUACGAUUUCCCCGAAGAUGAAAUCUCCACGUGGUUGUGCAUAGUUCAGCACGAGUCGCAUUUCAACACUUCAGCCAUGAACCAUGGCUCUGGGGAUCACGGUCUGUUUCAAAUAUCGCAACUAUACUGGUGCGCUACAAAAGGUACAGGUUAUGCUUGCAACACCAAUUGUGCCUCGUUCAGAGACGACGAUAUCAAAGACGAUGUUUACUGCGUUAAAAAGAUAUUUAAAGAACAUUCCAGGCUAUCCGGAAACGGAUUCAAUGCGUGGACAAUAUACGGCUACUUCUGCAAAGGAGACACUAGCAAAUACAUAGAAGACUGUCCAGAUAACUCAAUAGAAAAUACCAUCAAAACUACAACAGAAGUAAUUGAAGAACUAGAUGAAGACGGUUACCAUUUCCCACCUUUACCAUCACCUCCAAAAGUAUACAAUCGCUGUGAGCUAGCUAAAGAGCUAAAAGACGUCCACCAAAUACCUGUAGAUGAAAUACCUACCUGGGUAUGUAUAGCACAGCACGAAUCAAGCUUCAACACUUCUGCCAACAAUCCUGUUAGUGGUGAUCAUGGUUUGUUCCAAAUAUCAGAACAAUACUGGUGUUCUAUUUACAUCAGAGGCGGUGGAUGUAACGCAAAAUGCUCUUCGUUUAGAAACAGUGACAUCAGUGACGAUGUUAGAUGUGCUAGAACUAUAUUUAACGAACAUAAAGCUAUUAGUGGUGAUGGUUUUACUGCGUGGAGUAUAUAUCCUCAAUACUGCAAAGGAGACACCAGUAAAUACAUUGGUGGAUGCCCAGAUGCUAAUACAACUAUAAAACCAAAAAAGAAGAGUAAAAAAAUAACAGCUCAGUAUACAGAAAGGGUGUACAAACGCUGUGAGCUAGCUAAGGAGCUAAAAUACAUUCAUAAUCUUCCAGAAAACCAAAUUUCUACAUUAAUUUGCAUAGCUAAACAUGAGUCUAACUUCAACACAUCUGCAAGUAAUCCUGGAAGUGGAGAUCACGGUAUUUUCCAGAUAUCCGAGCAGUAUUGGUGUUCUCCUUACGGAAGAGGAUCGGGAUGCAACGUUCACUGCGAUUCAUUAAGAGAUACUGAUAUUACUGACGAUUUAAAAUGUGUAGAAAUAAUCUACAAUGAACAUUUAGGUAUUUCUGGAGAUGGCUGGAAUGCUUGGGCUGUGUAUCCAAUUUUCUGCAAAGGAGAUACCAGUAGCUACAUCAGAGAAUGUUUUGAUACUGUAGAAAAUUCUGGUGCUUACGAUAUUCGAGCACAAGAUAAGUACGAUCAAAGUAUUUCCAGAUUAAAUUAUAUAAAAUCUAGCUUUAAUUUACUUCCUUCAACGCAAAAAUCAUUUGAAUACCCUCCUAGCUCAAGUCAGACGUUCGGAAAAGCCAACGAUUACAGUUUUGCGAGUUUUACAAGUAGAUUUAAUCCCUUAGACAUGCAUCAAGCAGCAUCUCAAGAUCUAAGCUAUCAAAAUCGUGUAGGAACAAAAUCUAUUGCUGUCAAUGCAUCGUUUAGAUCCAGUGGAGCUAAAUCCAGAUCAUUAGAUUCCCCAAUUCAAUACAAAAGUAUAAUGAGACCCCCUGGACCUAAAAGAAGACCUGGUGAUGCUCCAAAACCGCCUAGAUUUCCUGGAAAAUUUCCUACUGAUUCUUUAGAUCCUACAAGACCUCUAGGUCCUCCUAGACGUCCAGAAUCACCCCCAAGACCUCCGAGACCUCCAACGGGUAGACCUCCAACUGGUAGACCGCCAACUAUUAGACCUCCAACGGGCAGACCAAGGCCGCCAAGACCCCCACCACCACCUCCAACUACUCCUAGGCCUUUUAACUGGAAUAAUCUACCAGGAAUAAUUUUUACUUUAUGGCCAAGUUCUACUACAGGACCUGUGUUUACUUCUGUGUAUUCUACGACUGCAAAAUCAUCAUUAGGUGUACAAACCACCGUUUCGACUACCUCUAGACCUUCUUCUGAUCGAGAAACUACAGUUAAAAGCGAUAUUGGGAAAAUUAAAACUCUUAACGAUAAGAGGGUGAGUUUUGGAGCAUUUUCGGAUUCUCAUGGUAGUACUGUUAAAAGAGAAGAAAAAGACGUGAGAAAUAAUUAUCCGGGCUAUUCUUUUUCUAGGAGUAAACUGGGUUUUAGUUUAGUUCAAGCGUUAUAG